AUGAGGGACUCAAAGUACUCUAACUACAGAAAUACCAAUAAUCUUUCCAAAACCAGCACCUAUGGUUUCGGCUAAUACAAUCAAAGUUUCAAUUUGCAAAAAAGUGUCAGUAAAAAUCCGACAAAUCUAAAGCAAUCCAUGUAAAUAAAUGGAUAUCAGUAUCAGAAACCUUCACAAUAGAUCAGAAAUGGGAUUUCCCAAAACCUUAAAAAUCAGCAUGAAUCAAAGACUCUCAGUGAUAAGGAGGAAUGUGGAGGGCUUUUAUCUAGUUCAAGGAGUUUAUUCCAACUUGAAACCACUGACAAAGAGAACUCACAUAAUCCAAAUAGCAAUCCCAAGCUAUUUAGCAGUGAUCAGAAGCAACUGCCUUAGCAGCAAGUGUUUGAUGGAGUUUUCAAUUUAAUUGGUGAUGGAGGGGUCAGCUGCUUCGGUGACGUCCUUUCCUCGUCUGAUUUAUCUGCUACCACAUCAGUCAGCAGAUCAAUAAGUAAAUGUGACAUAGCCAACUUAGAGAAUAAGAUCAAAUAACUUGAGAAUCAAAUCACUAGCAUCAAAGAUAAACAUUAAGCUUUCGCUUAAUAGACAUAGGAGGAAUAGCUCACCAAGAAAUCUUCGCAAGAGUAGGAUAGAGUCUCCAUGAUUAAUAAUGAAGAGAUCGAGAUAGUUUAGCAUAAUAAAGGAAAGGAUGAACCUUUUCAAUGCAUAAAAAGGCAGUUAAAUUUUGAGAGUGAAGAUCCAUUCAACAAGAGGCAGGCAUAAAAUCAAAGAUUUUCAAUUCUCUCUGCACCCACUGAUAUCAAUAAUCAAAGAACCACAAAGUCCAGAAACUAAGUAAAAUUCUACGAUCUCGAGCUACCUCAGUCUAAGACAACUUCAAAUUGCUAUUAAGGAGUGAAAAAAUCUAACGAUGCAAAACUAGUCUAUGGAACAAUGUCAGAGAAUCCAUUCAUAAGCAAGUAAGUGAGUACUUUAGACAAUAGAACAAGCAAUCCCGGGACAAGUGCUAUUGAUCAGCUUGACAAUGUUUUAGUCCAGAUGUUUGAUUUUAUGAGUUUAAAUGUGGAACCUCUAAUCGAAGACACCUAACAUAAGCAGACGCUUAAAAGCUACGAAACUUUGACUAAAAACUUAGUAAAGUCCAUUAAGUUAGAGGGUCAGAAUUUUCAUAGAACUAAUCCAAGUGAAAGAUAUAGCAUAAACACAGCCAUAUCCUCAAAUCCUUUCUAAUAAAUCAGCGAGAGAGCAGACUGUGAUUACAUUGAAAGCUAUGGAAUCUUUAGGAAUAGUGCUAGCAAUAUGCAAGCAAGAGGAUAUGAUUACUAGUAGGAUUUCGAUGAUGAGUCUAAAAGGAAAUCAGUUAUCAAUCUACUUGAGAGCCAGUCGAGGCUAAAAAAGAAAAGACUUGCCAAGUUUGCGAAUAAGUCGGCGAUACACUCUUACAAAAGAGCUUAAGUAAUUUGA